CGUGGCACGAGCAUGAAGCACCCGACCAUGACGUUCGAGGUCGGGGUCAAGGUCGAGCGGGACAUUGACGGUCUCUGGUUCCCCGGCGUCGUCGUCGCUGUGAGCGAUGAUGACGAGACGUGCGACGUACAAUAUGACGAAGACAGCAAGAUCGAGGAGGCCGUGCCACUCUGCGAACUUCGCCGCUUCGACGCCGACCGGCUGGGCAAUCAAGCGCCGCCGCGGUCAUAUACGAGUCAUGGCCACCGAGAUGAGUCGUCUUCGCUCUUGCUCCAGCCCGACUAUGACCCGAACAAAGCACCGACCAUCGUACUGCACAACAAGGGCGAGGCCAACGGCGGGAACGGGUACAUCAUCAACGGCCUCGAGACCAACGUCGCCGCCGGCAAUGGCCUUCGAGGCAUUCGCUGGUUAAGGGUCAAUACAUAAGGUGUUUAGUUAC